AUGAUCAUUACUUCUCACAAGCAUAGGAACUACAGUCCACCGAAAACCAAUCUAGCGAAGAUUCUCAAGCAAAAUAAAAUCGAUGUACCGAAGAAACUACCUUCUCAAUCUAAUUUUCAACUUCCUUCAAUCAAAAAUAAGGCGCCAAAGCCAAUUCAAGAAGAAUUCCACUUCGAAGCUCCGAAAUAUGCAGUCAAUCACCCAAAUGUUACAUUUGCUGACCUAAAUUUCCUUACUGUUGAAAAAUCACCACAAAAUCUUCCAAUUUCUCGAGUUGAAACACCAAAACUUGGAUUUUCUAUUAAGCAUCCUUCUCCAAAGCUAAUUCGUAAUCAAUCAACAAUCGCAAAGCAGCCAAAACAACCACCGCAUUCAAUGGAUACUCCGAAAUUGUCCUUUGACGAAUUUGCCGGAUUACCAACUAAUGAACUUAAAGAGUCAUCGGAAAUGAUAUAUCCUGAUGGCCACAUGUCACCAUUAGUUAAAACAAGAUCAGCAAAUCUCAUCAUUGUCUAA